CUGUAGACGACCUUGUUCUCCACCCACCUGCCCUCCUCCCUCCCCCUUCCCCUCCCUCUCCCUCUCCCUUGGCCCCGCGGACCGUGCCCCUCGACCUCCACUCCAGCUUGUCUAGUGCAGGACAUCGGCGAAAACGCGUCAGCGUGUCUUCCGUAGACUCCGCGGGGUCCAAGCACAGACUAGGGCACACCCAACGAACACGGCGCGCGACUCAAACAUGGAAACCCACAUGAAUGGCACAUCUGAUCCUGCAAACGGCUCCGCCAUCACAAACGGCUUCCAUGAACCUUCCGUAGAAGAGCUUGAGCAGGAGCUCCCAGUCGUAUACGACGGACAGGUACCACUCGGAGAACUUGUAUCCAGGGUGGUACAGGCGAUAUACGCAGAACUAUCGGAACUGGCGGAGACUCUACCGAAUAUGUCGGACGCCGCACGCAAGCGAACCCUCGCUGACUGGGUCGUCAAAACCAAGAAACAAGUCGUGAAGAUGUAUGCUAUUGUGAAAUGGUCGCGGGAUGCUGGCGUCGUGCAGAAAGCCAUGAAUAUAACUGCGUUUUUAAUGGACCAAAAUCGCCAAUUCGAGGAGGCGAUUCACGGCCUUAAGUAUGCUAAAGAGAGCUUGGACCCCGCGCGAUUGCGCAACCACGACUUGCUGACCUCGCUCGACGUCCUGACCACUGGGUCGUACCGACGGCUGCCUUCUACUAUUCAGAAAGUCGUCGUGCCUCCUACACCUCUAUCCGACGAAGAGGUAGCGAAAACCCUCAGUGACGUCGAGGACGUGAUCCGCAUCCGCCUCAAGAUGUUCGAAGUCGUCCCCAUUGAGAUGUCGAAGUACCGGAUCGCUGAUGGUCGGGUUUACUUCACAGUUCCAAAGCUAUUCGAGGUCUCCCUGUGUCUUCGGGGCGCAGAGAAAGAUGCCGGAUGGUUCUUCGUCAAUGUCGAGUUUCUGCUCAAUGUCGGCGGCGACCCGACAAGCGUACACGAGUUCCCGCGAAAACCGAUUGGAGGGCUCAAAAGACAUAUCACUGACGAGGCAGAUGCGCGUCUAGCAUUCUAUCUACCACUGCCUGCAGAUCAAGCCCUCCCGCCUGAAAUCGAGGUACCACCCCGACCGCAAUUGCCUGAGGGUGUUGUGGACGCGCCACUUGUGCGCGUCUUCAACUUCUUGCAGAUGAUGUCAAUGUCGUAUAUGCUUGAGAUCCUCUGCUUCCAGGCAGACAGGCUACGUGCACUGGGGUGGGCGGAGUACUUGAGGAUUCAAAUGUCUAAGGACCGCAAAACGCUGACACUGACCUAUUGGAUGCGUCCAGCACCAAAAGAACACCGCGUACGCAUACCGCUUCUCGGCGGCAAAUUGACAAUAUCGAUCGCGCGUUCGCGCACCACGCCAACGAACAAGGCAAACCGCUCACCAAAGGCUCGAAUACUUGCAGAGCUGCAAGAGAAGGCAAAGCUUGGCGCAGGGCGGCCGUCGGACGAGGUCGAGCCACACGAGUUGCAGGUCAAGUGGGAGCCCGAACAGGGCGCGUUCGGUAUCUUCAUUCCUCCGGAGGAGUACCACAUAGACAAGACCGAGCUCACGAUAGACUCUGACAACCUCGACGUCGAGGCACUUCUACGGAAGGUCGCUACGAUACAUGUAGGAGCCAUCCUCCGCAUCGUCCAACGACAUCUGCAACAUGACCCCUCAAUGCGCUCUAUGUUCGGCCCGCCCGGCGAAGUCACAUUGGCUAUGGACGAUGAGGUUCAGACUCUGCGGGCACAUCUCUGCGCGGACGAAGUCGUCGUGAUGACGAUCGAUACACGGACGGGUCGAUUGAGUCUCAGAGAUACAGGCGAUCUUGCUGCCGCAGGCAGAGGACGCCGAUUCACUGCGAUCACUGAUAGGCUGAACGACAAUCCAACGGUCCUGUAUGAGGCGUUUAUGAGGCUCAAGCUCGGUACCAUCCUCGAUCUCGCGGAGCAGAAGUCGAAUUAUCUCGGCCUCCAGAGCUAUCGUAUGCGCAACUUCUCGCCGAUGGAAAUACAGAAGUUUGGUCCAGGUGCGCGAGGAAUGCUCUACAUCGAGCUGGCCAAGUUCCCAGACCACUUCCUUGUACUGGUCGUAACCGAUGACGACUGGCGAUACGCUCUGAUCUCCGUCGAGGUACUUCAAGAAACACCAUGUCAUGACCUGGUCAUGAAGGAUAUUGGGUGGCUCGACGUACGGCGGAUACAUGGCGAGGAGAUCGUCGUGUCGCAACGCCCUCCGCAUGUCGCGGAUCCAUCAGUUGGACAAAAACGGAAGCAUGAUGCGGCGCAUGUUGUCGCCCCUGCUCAUCCGACAGAUCAGUUUGUGCCUCGAUAUCGUCUGGAUAUCCAAGUUCUCAGGGAACUCUACGCCUACUGUUGUGCCCGCGUCGCGUUUUACAAGAUCGAGCAACAGUUCAAGACCCGAAACAUCCCCUAUACGACAGUCGCCUGCACAAACGUCGCGCAGACGCCAGAGCUCGCGCAUCUCCAGUCAAACAUCUCGAAAUCGGUACCACUGCUCUGUGUCCAGUCCUCGGACAUCCUAUCAGGCGCGCCUGCUGCCGAGGCGGCCAUGCCCAACAUCCGCGUCAUCCCGCUCAACUGGUGGAACGACGAAAAGCAAGCGCAGGUCGUAACAUGUGUGAAGCUGAACUACGUACAACAGCCUGUCGGCAAGCGCGCAGGCAGCAGCAGUGUCAUCCGACCGUCCAAGCGGAUCAUAUACGACACAACGGAGGCGAUCGUGUCUUUCCUGUCCGAAGACGUCGACAAGUGUGUCGAUGAGUUCCUAGAGGAGUGGGCACGCGUAUCCAAGAUCGUCGUGAUCGCUCGUGAAGUUGCGCAAAUGGCCACUGAGAAGCAAUGGACGGACGUCCGCCUGCUAUCCUUCGACUUGCAGACCGUCGAGUUUGCAUACGCAGGCGAUUACACCGUCUCCAUCACCUGUACUGACCAGCUCUCGCCAACUGGCGGCUCGUACGACCUGCUCUUCUCCCGUAUUGGGGACAACAAGAGCGAGGACAUGGACAUGGACGGCCGGUACAACCCACACGAGGAUCUCGAGCCUUUUCUGCGCAACGUGCUACGGCACGGUCGUCUUGCACCAUCUCUGCAGAGAUUGGUCCGGCUGCUGAGAGAUUCGUUGUCCGUUGUAGUGGAGCUGGAGGACAUCAGGCAGGCGUUGACUCGGGCGUCCGAGAACGUGGACGUAUUCGCCAAGGCCGCGGGGUGGUUCCGGGUCCUAUAUGGUGACUUCAGGCACGCCCUCGACUUCAGGAUAAUGACGGGUGGACGCGUCGUGAUGCUCGACUCAUCGCAUUCCCUCUUCCCGGCGGAUGAGCCGUCUUCGCGAGCGAAGCAGCCCGCAAGCGGACGAAGAAGCUCCAGUGCCCUGUCAGCACCACCCAUCGCCCCGGCGGACAGCCACCUCCUCCUACAGGCGAUCCCAGAUUUCCAGCGGAUCGUCACGGAGGUAGUCAAGGACGCCGCGUCGAGGGGCUGUACGGGGCACAUCGCGCCGAUCGACAUUGGCAUCAUCUGCGAUUCGAUCGCUGUCAGAUUCGUUGCGCGAACGUUGCAUGAACGUGUUCUGCAACGGCUGAAGCAGGGCUAGCUGACGUAUGCAAGUGGCCGUGGUCUUUUCCUUGGUUUAUUAUGCGUGUACUGGAUACCUACUGUAGCACUAGUGUAAUCUCCGUGGAUUGGUCGUCUGCGAAUUAAGCAGUCUUGCAGUCAUGCACUGCCGCACCUGCACACAAUGCGUGAAUCCGAAGACCGUCAGAUUCUGACUCAACGCCAGCACAUUGUUACCAGUGUUGUCCCAUCACAACCACCGAGAGGGCCUGUAUACGCAUCAUCAGAACGUUGCGCGU